UCAGGAGCUCUUUUCCACAGUGAAGAAUGGAGGAGAAGGUUGAGGAGGAGACGCUGGUUUUCUCAGUCAGGGUGUACACUCUGCAGGAGGAGGCAGUGAACAGAGGUGAGCAGGUCGGUGUUUACAGCCACAGACUGGGACAGGAGUCCACUGUGAUCCUCAGCACAGGACGGGAGGUUCAGCAGCUGACGGUGCAGGACGACAACAGAGCGUCAGUCUUCCACGUCCCCGUUUCCAUGGAGAUGGACUGCUGUCAGGUGGGAGGUCAGUCCUCCCUGGUCACCGUCGGCAGGAUGAGUGUCGUUCUGCAGUUCAACACUCCGUCUGAUAUGAAGAACUUCCAGCGGCGGCUGAGGAGGCAGAUCGACGAAAAGACGAGGACAGGACAGCAAGGAAGUAGGAGAGGAAACAAGGGUGCAGAGAAAAGGAGACAUCUGUGUGAACUGAGGACUGAAGAUUCACCUCCACAGUUCCACAGCUGCCUGUCACAGCAGCAGAGCCUCCUUCAGGACUACCUGAGGACCGCCACGUAUCAGAGGGCCAUCCUCCUCAACGACAUCGACUUCAGAGACAAGGUCGUUCUUGAUGUGUGUUGUGGUUCGGGUGUUUUAUCUUUCUUUGCGGUCCAAGCCGGCGCCACCAGAGUGUAUACUGUUGAGCCCAGCCCCAUGGCCAAACAUACACAGGUGCUGGUCCAGGCUAACUGUCUGACUGAGCGGAUCACGGUCCUGGAGGGGGAGGUGGAGGACGUGGACUGUCCCGCCAUGGUGGACGUCAUCGUCUCUGAGCCCAUGGGCUACAUGCUGCUCAGUGAGCGGCUCAUAGAGAGCUUCCUGUACGCCAGGAAGUGGCUCAAACCAAACGGUCUGAUGUUUCCCUCCUCUGGUGAUAUUCAUGUGGCUCCCUUCAGUGACGAGCAGCUCUACUUUGAACACUACGCACGAGCCACUUUCUGGCAGCAGAGAAGCUUCUACAGUGUAAACCUGAGUGCACUUCACAGCGCCGCAGUCGAUGAGUUUUUCAGACAGCCCAUCCUGGACACGUUUGACAUCCAGGUUCUGGUGGCCAGGUCUGUCAAACACUGCAUCAACUUCAUGGAGGCAAAAGAAGAGGAUUUACACAGGGUGGAGAUUCCCUUUGUGUUCACCCUGCUUCAGUCUGGUCUGGUUCAUGGACUCGCCUUCUGGUUCGACGUGGCCUAUCUGGGCUCCAAGACCACGGUGUGGCUGUCCACAGCUCCCACUGAGCCUCUGACCCGCUGGUACCAGGUCCGCUGUCUGCUGCAGACGCCGCUCUUCGCCAAACUGGGACAAACAUUGUCCGGCAGCGUCCUGCUAACGGCUAAUGACAGGCAGAGUUACGACAUCCACAUCACAGCCACGGUCGACCAAUCAGGCUUCAGAUCUGGAAAUAUCCUGGACCUCAAAAACCCUUUCCUCAGGAUGCCAUCCUGGUUCCACUGUUAGAGGUCUCCAGAACCACAUGGGCUGGUGGUCCAGACCAGGUGACCUCUGACCUCUGUCCUCCCGAACGCUGGCUGAGGAGAACGGAGGAACCUGUGGAGGAUCAUCAACCACCUUAUCACUCACUGAAGCUUCGAUACAUGGAUUUUUAUAUGUACUUUUUUUUUUACUGUUCCAGAAAAGGACAGAUAAAUACAUUUACGACCCAAGGCAACAGUUUUACAUAAGCACACACAAAUAUAUCAGAUACACAAUCUUGAGCACAAACUGACACAAAAAUGGAACUGCAUUACUCCAGGAUUUGUAUGUUUUUGUUCACUUUAUGAAAGAUCAAAUUUCUCCGUGUUGUGACAAAAUGUUUCCUUAAAUUCUUUCUUUUAUAUUAUUUCGACCAUGUGCCACUUUUUUGUAAACCUCUAAAUUUGAUGGCAUGUGAAUUUAUAAAUAAAUUGUUUAUUGGUUCAUGAUAAACUCUGUCGAUAAUUUUCUUUGCUUUUUACUGUGAUAUUAAAAUUAUCUACAUUUUUGUGUUCAUGUUUUUGAAGCAUUUGAGUCAAGUUGUUUUAUUUUUCCAGCGUAGGAUGCAUCACAUGUUUUAUAUGAACGUGUAUUUUUAUGUUUUCAAAUACAUGAUGUGGACUUGGUGGACCAUGGUAUAUUUUUGAUGAAUUUGUCUCCAUAUUUGUUUUUUGUUUUUGUAUUAAUUACCUCCCUUGUUUUAAUUUGUGGCUGCCAGAUAAGUGGCUGAGGAACGCAUUUGCACUGCAGAUGUUUCAAUAAGCUGACAGUGAAAUGUUUCUGAACUACAAAUGAUGCCUGUUUUCAACUGGAACAAACACAAACAUCUACACACACUAAUCUUCACUUUCCGUACCUCAUUUCAUUCUUUACAUAAAUAAAUAUCUGUUAAUUUUGUUACAUCUUCA